AUGUCUGAAACAAACCUCAUUGGCCUAUUGGAUAGCCUGGAGCCAGACUGCCAGCGAGAGGAGAUUUUAUCCAAGAGGCAGCAUGGAAAUUUCUUAACCAGGGUAGUGAGCCUGGGCCAGACCGAUGCUUUGGGGAGUUUGGAACACUGGAAUGAUGGAAAUAUUCUUUACAAAGUAGCUCAACAGAAGAACCUUGAAGGCUAUGUGGGAUUUGCGAAUCUCCCAAAUCAAGUAUACCGAAAAUCUGUGAAGAGAGGGUUUGAAUUCACGCUUAUGGUAGUAGGAGAAUCUGGAUUGGGGAAGUCAACGUUAAUCAACUCAUUAUUCCUAACAGACUUGUAUUCUUCAGAGUACCCAGGGCCUUCACAUAGAAUUAAAAAGACCGUACAGGUGGAACAAGCAAAAGUUUUAAUCAAAGAAGGUGGUGUGCAGCUGCUGCUCACAAUAGUGGAUACGCCUGGGUUCGGUGAUGCAGUGGACAAUAGUAAUUGUUGGCAGCCUGUUAUCGACUACAUUGACAGUAAAUUUGAGGAUUAUCUGAACGCAGAAUCUCGGGUGAACAGACGGCAGAUGCCAGACAGCAGGGUGCAAUGUUGUUUAUACUUCAUUGCCCCUUCAGGCCAUGGCCUCAAGCCUCUGGACAUCGAGUUCAUGAAACGCUUGCAUGACAAGGUGAACGUCAUUCCGCUCAUUGCCAAAGCGGACACACUGACUCCUGAGGAAUGCCAGCAGUUUAAGAAGCAGAUAAUGAAAGAAAUUCAAGAGCAUAAAAUAAAAAUAUACGAGUUUCCAGAAACAGAUGAUGAAGAAGAAAAUAAGCUUGUUAAAAAGAUAAAGGACCGUUUGCCUCUUGCUGUGGUUGGUAGCAAUACUAUCAUUGAAGUUAAUGGCAAAAGGGUUCGAGGAAGACAGUAUCCUUGGGGUGUUGCAGAAGUUGAAAAUGGUGAACAUUGCGAUUUUACAAUUCUAAGAAACAUGUUGAUAAGAACCCACAUGCAGGACCUGAAGGACGUGACGAACAACGUGCACUACGAGAACUACAGGAGCCGGAAGCUGGCAGCUGUGACGUACAACGGUGUAGAUAACAACAAGAACAAAGGGCAGCUGACCAAGAGCCCUCUGGCCCAAAUGGAGGAAGAAAGAAGGGAGCAUGUAGCGAAGAUGAAGAAGAUGGAGAUGGAGAUGGAGCAAGUGUUCGAGAUGAAGGUCAAAGAAAAGGUUCAGAAGCUCAAGGACUCGGAAGCCGAGCUGCAGCGGCGUCAUGAGCAGAUGAAGAAGAACCUGGAAGCCCAGCACAAGGAACUGGAGGAGAAGCGGCGCCAGUUUGAGGAUGACAAAGCCAACUGGGAAGCUCAGCAGCGGAUCUUGGAGCAACAAAACACUUCCAGAACUUUGGAAAAGAACAAGAAGAAAGGGAAGAUCUUUUAAACCCACUCUCGACCACCAGUUAUGUAUUAGUUGCCAAUAUGCCAGCCUGGACGUCAGUGUUUGUUGGAUCCGUUUGACCAAUUUUGCACCAUUUGUAUCCAUAAUGAUGGAUUUAACAGCAUGACUUUUCUUUUUUGGUUGUUGUUGAUGGAGAUUCCGAUGCCUUGAAUUGCCUACCGGUGUCAUGUACUUAGGAGGAACCUUCUCUGGGUACCUUUCCACUUUCCCUUGUCUUCACUUUAGUGCAAGAGAACAUUUUACUGUUGUACAAUCAUGUUCUGGCGGUUUGAUUGUUUACAGGAUAUUCCAGAAUGGAAGGACUCUGGAAGGUUUGCGUGGAGGAUAAAUCGCCGUUCUCUGAUACGAGCUCUGCUUCUCUCUUAGAACCCCCGAAUUCAGUGCAGCAUCCUCAGACGAGAAAGGGACCCCGUCUGCCCCAGCUGACCCUCUCUUUGACACUUCCAUUGUUUAAGCGUACACAUGGAACAAGGACAUCUAAGCUUACAGCGCUCUCGCGCUUCUCUAACAGCCCUCUUGUUUGGGAUUCUUUCAGUAUAUGCCUUUCUCAUUUAGUGACCUCUUUAGCCGGAAGACUCAUUACUGCUUCAUUUUUGUAAUACCAUUUAAGUGUAGCUAUUUUCCGUAUAUUGGCCCCGCUAAAAUAGAAUAUAGCGUCUUUCCGACGGUAGGAACCAGCGAGUAAGACUCCCUUUAACUCCCUUUUUACACUCUGGUAAGUAGCAGGAAAAGUGCAUUCAUAGGUCAUUUCUAGACAAAAAUGUGGAGUUAACUACCGACUUGUUUCUACCUGUGUGCAGUCUCUUCUUUAUUUUACUAGAAAUGGGAAUCAUGGCCUCUUGAAGAGAAAAAGUCACCAGUCUGCAUUUAGCUGUAUUCAUAUAUUGCAUUUCUGUAUUUUUGUUUGUAUUGUAAAAAGUCACAUAAUAAACAAGGUUGUGAUGUA